AUGGGGCCCGAUUCGAAGCGAAAAUUUCGUCUCAUUCAUCGACUUCUUGUGUUCGGUGCUGCAGUGUGGUACAUUAUCAUCUCCUUGAUGGCGACCGAUGCUGCGUUGGACAUUCUAAAAGAUGAAGCGCACUACGAUAGUGGUCUAAUUCACUUUGUAUCGCCACUAAUCGCUGGUUAUGCUGGAACGAGCACGAUCCGAAAGGGUCCACUUGUGGUGGAUGUUCUGGGAGACUCCACUACACCGAAAGCCUCUGGAACACUUUUUCUAGAGUCCGAAUCGAAUUCGUCAUUUACGCAGUGCUCGGCAGUCGUUGAGGGCGAGGGAGUGGACAUUUACACCGAUAAAUACUUGCGCUGGAUGUUCGAAGUUCUUCAGAACAAGACGGCUUACAACAUCUCACUAUUGGACGAAGUUGAACUUGUGCUACCAGUUGUAGACUGCCAGCUGCAUGUCAUCCGCAGUGGGAGCGCUGCUAUCGCUCGAGUGAACUACCUCGUACGCUAUAAAGACGACACAGAGCGUGUCUUGCUACUACCGACGUCAUUUUCAAUUCAGGACUACUAUAUCUCUGAACAGUACGAACGCGGAGCAGCGUUAUUGGUAGAAUUCUCGGUAGUUGAGGAUACGGCGUCGGAAGACCCAGUGCCGCACCAUUUCGCAAUUGCACUCGACUAUCCGUACGAGUACAAACCAGACUUUGAAGUUUGUACAUUUUACAAUCACACUUCCGAGGGAUUUUGGUCGUUUGAGACGAUACCUCGAGAUUCGUUCAUGAGACCCCCAAAGCCGCUACUUACAGCUCGACAGCUUGGCUUCUAUCUCGAUAAAGAGACUUCGCAGGUGAACCGGAUCAAUUUCUAUUGGGUCCCAAUCGAUGAUCCAGCCUCUGCGCUGACGUACUGGAACUGGCGUGGCGAUGCUGUUAUCCGCGAUAACUGGGCCUGGGUACACAUUAUCCACCUGUUCUUCGCCAUCGACGUAAUGUUCCAGCUGAGUCUUCUGUUAUUCCUAGUGUAUCGCAGCAUUUUGCAAAAGCAUUUCUGGAUUGGAGAUGCCUUUGCAUCCAUUUCGAAUGCACUACUAUACCGUGGCAUCUACGUGAUCAUUUCUAACCACGUGAACGGAUACUGGACCCUCACCGAAUUCUGUCUAGCCCUCGCUGACGGUAUCAAUGGAAGCAAUAAUGUCAAGUAUCGUCCUGAACUAGCACACGCGGAUAUGCUCACAAUCUACCUCAACAUUGUAAGCGUGCUCAGCUAUCUGCUACGCGAGCGAAUUGACCCAAUUUUUGUGUUAGUUUGCUUCGAGAUUGGCUUCAACUCCCGAGAAGCUAUGACCAAACUCUUCCCAUCGCUGAAAGAAAUGCUCAUCGACUAUUCGAACACUGAAGCGACCUUUGGUCUAGUGGCAGUGGAUGAUUUCUUGUCCAAGUUGUCUCCCAUGCGCCUUUGGACUGUGCAUCCGAUUCAUCAAAAUGUGUGGCCGCUGCUCACUGUCACGUUUGUGCUCAUCUACAGCACUAUACUGGUUAUCUUGAUUUACGUGGUUCUGCGCAAACUAUGGAGAUAUUAUUCUCUGAGAUUUCAAGUGGGCAGCCAGGAUGGAAGCGCUUCCAGACGUCAAAGCUCUGGUUUGUUCCGCAGUGACUCGGAGCCACGUGAGCAGAUGCAGUUUGAGACAGCGACAGGCUCCGUACUGAAGAAUCGCUUUGGUAUCUUGUCGACGUACAAGAACUACACGUACAUCAAUGGUCGCAGAUUCACAUCAGGGGAUGCAAUCUACUGCAACGGAUUCGUGGUUGCUAACGACAAAUUCGUCAUUGCUACGGAGGAUUUAAUAGGCACCGGUGUGAACCAAACGGCUCGCCUCGUGUACCCGACUACAAUUUCCUGGCAUGAUCUGGCCAAGGUGAGCGUCAGUCCGUUGUCGUAG